CAUCCACAAACCACAAUCGGCACAGUGAAAACGAAGGACAUUGAUGCCGUCGAGGGCAAAUCUGUGUCGCUGCCCUGCCCCAUUGCCGAGCCCCUGCAUGAUGUUUAUAUGGUCUUAUGGUUUCGUGAUAAUGCGGGCAUACCUCUAUAUAGCUUCGAUGUGCGCGAUACCAUGGCCAUUGAGCAGCCCAGACAUUGGUCAGCUCCGGAGGUGUUUGGCUCUCGUGCCAAAUUUCAUUUUGACUCGCAGCCAGCUACAUUGGAAAUUAAGGAUAUCAAAAGGCAUGAUCAAGGCAUUUACCGUUGUCGUGUCGAUUUUCGCACAGCUCAAACACAGAGCUUCCGUUUCAAUUUGUCUGUAAUAAUACUUCCGGAGCAGCCCAUCAUACUGGACCGUUGGGGCCGUCAACUGAAUGGCACACAAUUGGGUCCCAAGCAGGAGGGCGAUGAUAUUGUUAUCACUUGUCGUGUGGUGGGCGGUCGACCGCAACCGCAGGUCCGCUGGCUCGUAAAUGGACUACUUGUCGACAAUCAAAACGAGCACAAUUCCGGCGAUGUUAUCGAGAAUCGACUGUUGUGGCCAUCGGUGCAGCGCAACGAUUUGAAUUCCGUAUUCACAUGUCAGGCAUUGAAUACGCAAUUAGAUAAGCCCAAGGAAAAGAGCUUCAUACUGGAUAUGCAUCUGAAACCACUAACCGUUAAAAUUCUGGAUCCGCCCAGUUCAAUGAUUGCCGAUCGACGCUAUGAAGUCACCUGUGAAUCGUCCGGUUCACGUCCGAAUGCCAUCAUCACCUGGUACAAGGGAAAACGUCAAUUGCGACGCACAAAGGACGACAUAUCAAAGAACUCGACACGCUCCGAGCUGAGCUUUGUGCCCACCACAGACGACGAUGGCAAAUCGAUAACAUGCCGUGCGGAAAAUCCAAAUGUGAACGGCCUCUAUUUGGAGACCAUGUGGAAAUUGAAUGUCGUUUAUCCUCCGUUGGUGACGCUGCGUUUGGGCUCCACGCUGACACCGGAUGAUAUCAAGGAAGGCGACGAUGUUUACUUCGAGUGUCACGUACAAUCGAAUCCUCAAUGGCGGAAACUGUUGUGGUUACAUAAUGGCAUUCACUUGGAACACAAUACCUCCGCUCGCGUCAUACGCUCCAAUCAGAGCCUGGUGCUGCAGAAGAUAACGAAACACUAUGCGGGAAAUUAUGCGUGCAGCGCCAUCAACGACGAAGGCGAAACGGUCAGCAAUCAGUUGCCGCUGCGCGUUAAAUAUACACCCGUUUGCAAGCACACGGAUCGCGUUAUACUAAUCGGUGCCUCUAAGGAUGAGACUGUUGAGGUCGUAUGCGAGAUACAAGCGGAUCCGCCGCCACGAACAUUUCGCUGGAAAUUUAACAACUCUGGCGAAACUCUGGACGUGGGCAGUGAACGAUUCAGCGUGAAUGGAAGCCGCAGCAUUUUAAAGUACACUCCGGUUACAGAUCAGGAUUAUGGUACACUGUCCUGCUGGGCAGCUAACGAAGCACGACUGUUUCGCUUUUCACCUGAACAAGUUAAGGCCACAAGCAAACACUCAUGGGACUCUGGUUGUGUCAACAGAACAUCUGUUCAUUGCUCUUCUUUCUUGUUUUCUCGCUUACUCAUUCAUGUUAAUGUGCUGCACCAUCUGCAAACAUUGGACCACAUAAAUUCCGAUUCCGACCAUCUGGGCGCAGCUCUGCCAAAUGGCGUCAGCAAUUGCAGCAUCUUCAAUCGCACCGAACUGAGUGUUGACAUACAAUGCAUACCCGGCUACGAUGGCGGCCUGCCGCAAAUAUUUGUGCUCGAAAUGUUUUCAACACGCACCGGCCUUACCAGAUUCAAUCUGAGCAACGCGGAGGAGGCGCUCUUCUCGCUGGAGAAUCUGGACACGCUCACCUCGAUGAUGAUGCAGGAGAACAACUCGUUGAGGCUGCGCAUUUACUCCUACAAUCAAAAGGGACGCAGUGCAGCAUAUCUGUUGCCCGAUUUCAUAAUUGGCUCAACGGCUUACAAGACAGACGACGAUGUGACGCUGACGCUGUCGCCGGUGAUUGUUGGCAGCGUUCUAACCAUCAUAAUUAUCGGGGUGGCCAUCGCGAUACGAAUCUUUGUGGUUACAUUCGUGCACAAUCUGCGGCGCAAUCGCCAGCACGGCAACAAGGCGACGGCAGCGGGCGUGGCCGCCCAAGCGGGCGACGUCUUCAAGAGCAACAACCUGGAGAAGCCGCGCUGGCAGCACACGGACAUCAAAACGACGAAAUCAUCUGAGGAUUUGGUCGAGGAUGAACGUGAUCCAGAUGUUAUACCCUCACAAUAUGUUGGCGGCAGCAGCGCCGGCAGCAGCGGCAGCAAUGCCUCCAAUGUCGGCAGCACCACAGCCACCGGCACCGCCACCGGCAGCAGCACAUCGACAGCGGUGGCUGCUGCUGCUGCCCCUGCAGCCGACCGCGAUGCGCAUCAGUUUGCGGCCUCAGCAACAGCAGCAUCUGCAUCAGCAACAGCAGCAGCAGCAGCAGCAGCAGCUGGAACGCCAUCGGCUGUUGGACUGGUUGGCAGCAUUUCCAAAUGGUCACCCAAUGGCAAUGCACCGGGCAUGACGACGACUACAGCGCUGUCCAGUGAUCCGGCGAAUCCGCCGGUCACCUACAACCAGAUCAAUGCACAGCGAGCGCAGCUGCUGGCCGCCGUUGCAGCGGCGGGAGGGGGCUGCAGCAGCACCGUCAUCUCGCCCAGCAGCAGCAUGAUGGGCAGCCUGGGCAUGGGCAUGGGCAUGGGCGUCGGCGUGGGCGUGGGCAUGAGUGGUGGUGGGAAGCCAUUGACGCUGGGCAUGGGCGGCAACAUCAUUGGAUCGCCCACAUCGCUGUCCUCGACUGCGACGCUGGCAGCGCAUUUGCAGCCGGCGCACAGCAGCGGCGUGGGCACUCUGCCGCCCGGCCUGGGCAGCGGCGGUGGGUAUAUACUGAAUGCCUAUGCCAGUGGCAGGCUGCAGCAUACCCAGGGUCACACGGCCACCUUGAAUCGUCAUCAUCAUCAUCAGCAACAGCAGCAGCAACAUCAUCAUCAUCAGCAACAUCAUCAGCCGGGCUCCGGCUCAAGCUUGCUGCUGGGCAGCGUGGGCAGCGUUAUGGGCGUGGGCGUGACCUCGACAACAACCACCUCGUGCAAUUCGUCGCAGGAUUUGGAUGACAACAUCAAUAUAAAUGCGAUUAAGGAUUGCCUCAUGACGCAACGUGUGCCCGAGAGUUGCGUCUAAGUCGUCUAGACUCGAGAUCCUCUAUUAAAGCGAAGCAGACGUAAGCAGCUAGACCUAAACCUAGACUAGAUAGUCAGCAAAUCGUGCUAAUUAUAUACAUAUAUAUAUACUGAUAGAUAUAUAUGUAUGUAUAUACGUGUGUAAGUAGUUGUAUGUAUAUAGGAAUAUGUUAGAAUUCUGUUCCCGUUAAGGUGCUGUGCAUAGCUAAGUUCUAUUCCUUAUGACCAUCUGGCCUAUCUUCCGCAUAGAUUUCGAGGCAUAUCCUUUUCCAAUAUCAAGAGAGAAAUAUCGAUAGGCGCAUAU